AUGCCCGGGGAGCAGCCCCGCCGAGCACCGCCCCCAGCCAUGACCCGAGACCCGCAGCCCUGCCAAACAGCUGGUGGCCCAGGGGGGCCCUCCCAGCCCCCCAGCGAGGAUGGCACCCCAGCCAGCAGGACCACCAAGGCCACGGGCAGCAGAGCCUGGGUGGGGGAGCCUCCAGAGUCCCAGCUGUGGCAGGCCAGGGAGGAGGAGCCCAAGGCGCCCCUCCUGAGAGCCGAGUCCCUGAGCAGCCUCGCAGGGAGUGGGGGCAGCCCGCAGGGCACCCCCGGGAGGAGCCCGGCGCAGGCUCUCACGCAGCAGUCCAGCAGGGCUGACGGCAGCCCCCAGCAGCUGUACAAUCGGAGCAUCGCUGGCCCCAGGGCCAUACACACUCUGGACAAGACUCCUGAGGGCCCACAGGGCGAGGACCCCGGGCCCCCAGAGGCAAAGGCCCCACUGACCCCAAAAGAGCUCAGUUUCCAAAGGUGCUUCCAGGAGACCCCCUCCAGCUUUACCUCCAGCAACCAUACCUCACAGAAGGCCACCUCUGGGCCCCUGCCCCUCAGGCUCCCCCCGGGCAGCAGCGCCAGUCCCUGCCAGCCGGCCUCCUACUUGGAACUCCAGGCCGGGGGUGCUGACAGCUGGCCUCCUGUUGUUGGGAACGGCUUCCCAGGUGCUAGACUUGGGGUCCCUGCUGCCAAGCCAGAGCCUUUUCCCAAAGGGGAUGGCCCCGGGGUGGCCUCCUUCCCGUACCCCCUCCAGGCACUGCACGGGCCCGGCCCGAAACCCUUCCCCGAGGACAGGUCCCCGCCCACGUAUGGGGAAAGAGCGCUGGUGUUUGCCUUCUGCCAGCCCAGGGGAGCAUGGCCAGAAGACGCGGUGGGCACAGGCACCGCCUACCCCCUGCCCACCCAGCCCACUCCCCAGCCCCCACCCUGCUACCCGGGCCGGCCCAGCCUUGACGCCCCCAGUGACCUCGGCUGUGCUCCCCCACAACCUGGUGCUGCUGCCCCAGCCCCCAGCCCUUUCUCGGAGAGCAUGGCCGCCUUUCCGGACAGUUUGCACAAGAGCCUGACCAAAGCCCUGCCUGAGAGACUGCUUUUGGCCCAGGACGACAGGCUGGGGAGCCCCAGGGGGCCCCCAAACUCUCUGUCCCAGAGGCACUUUCCUGGACAGCCCUAUGGAAGGCCCGGGGCCAGCGGAGUGGGGACCAGCCCGGGGCCUCUAGACACAGAGCUGGCCGCCCCAGGGCCCCUGCCCACCAGACUGCCCCCGCUGUGGGACCCUGCCGCAGCCCCUUACCCCACACCUCCCCUGGGCCCCCCAGCCCCUGCCGGGAAUGCCUUCUUUGAAGGCCAGGCCAACUUAGGCCAGCGCCUUGGCCUCCCCCGGAGCCCCCCACUGCCCUGGCCCCAGGUGCUCCCAGCCACCGGGCCUGGCCCCCAGCGCAUGGAGGUGCUGAGCCAGCUGCCUUUCCCCGCAGGGGCCCCCGAGUGGCAGGGCGGCAGCCAGAGAGCCCUGGGUGCUGCUGGCAAGACCACCGGGCCUGGGGAGAAGCUGGCAGUCCUGGGAAACAGCCCAGGUCAGCACGGGGGCAGCUCCCCUGGCCUGUUUGCCUAUAAUGGGCUGAAGGACUCCGGAGCCCAGCCCCUGUUCUUUGGGGUGGCCCAGUCCCAAGUCUCACCCCGGGCAACCCCCAGCCUGCCCCCUCCCCGAGUUGUGGGUGCCUCUCCCUGCGGGUCCCCGCUGCCCUCACCAGCCACCAACACGGCCAGCAGCAGCUCCUGCUCCUCGCUGUCCCCGCUGUCCAGCAGCCCAGCCAACCCCAGCUCGGAGGAGAGCCAGGUGUCCGGCCCACUCGGGCCCCCCACCUUCUUCCACGCCCCUGCUCGCCCCUCGGAGACCAGCAGCCCCUACCCGUCCCCUGAGCCCCCACACGCCGCGCCCAUGCACUACCAGCCGGAGCCCGUCGGAGACUUCCCUUUCCCAGCGGAGGGGCUGGGGCCCGAGGGCCCUUUCAAAUGCCUAGAGGAGGCCCCAUUCUCAGGCUCAGGCCCCGAGGCCAGGCUGGAGGGCUUCCCCCGGGAGCCACCCCCCUACCCGGCCCACCACUUCCCCCUGAGCAGUGCGAGCCUGGACCAGCUGGACGUAUUGCUCACCUGCAGGCAGUGUGACCAGAACUACAGCAGCCUGGCCGCCUUCCUGGGGCACCGGCAGUUCUGCCGCGCACUGCUGGCCAGGGCCAAGGAUGGCCCCCCGCAGCCCCCGGGCCCCCCUGGCCCCCCCACCGCCCCCAAAGCGCCAGCCAGUGGGAACCUGAGCCUGCUCAGCCACACCAAGACGGUCCCCUUCCUGCUCAGUGGGGACCUCCGGGCUGACGGCAAAGAGGACCCCCUGAGGACCAGCUUCCUGCCCGGCCUGGCCACUGCCCCCUUUCCCCUCCCUGCCACAGACCUAGACCCUGAGGACGACGCCAAGUUGGACAGCCUCAUCACCGAGGCGCUCAACGGUCUGGGGUACCAGUCAGACAACCCCGAGAUCGACAGCAGCUUCAUCGAUGUCUUCACUGACGAGGAGCCUUCUGGCCCCAGAGGGCCUGGUGCUGGGCAGCCCCCCAAGACCAAGAUGGGGACCGUGCCAGAGAACAAAGCCCAGCACCCGCUCCUGGGCGAGGCCGCCCCUCCGGAGCCCCAGGUCCCCCGCCCUGGGAAUGGGGGCCGCCCGGCCCGCAGCCGGCCCAAAACCCGCUCCCUGGGCCCCGUGCCCACAGCGGCAGGUGGGGCUGGCCCGGCCAGCCAGCAGAGGAGAGGGAAGCAGUUCAAGUUGUUCCAGAAAGGACUGGACACCUCCAGCUCCACCGAUAGCCGGAAGGGCCCCAGAGCCACUUGCCUGAGGCCGAGGAGGAAAGGCCACGGGGCGGAGGCACCCCCACCCCGCCCCUGGGACCUCAGGACCCAGGCCCCCAGGAGCCCCGCCGAUCCCAACCGCCGGGCCCUCCCCGUGGAGACCAGGAGCUCGUCACGCCUCCGCCUGUCCCCAGGGAAGGGCUCCAGGAGGAGGAAGCCCCGGGCCGGCACCUGGAACAAGGAGCUCAUCCACAAAAUCGUGCAGCAGAAGAACAAGGCCCAGGGGCGGUCACGGCGGCGUGGCCCAGGCGGGCGCUUCCCUCCGGCCCCGGCGAGGCGGGCGCCCAGCAGCACUGAGCAGGGCCUCCGAGAGCUCACCCGUGUCUCCGAGUCUGAGGAGGAGGACGGCUCACGGCCGCACGGCUCCUGCCUCCGAGGGCGGCCCCGCCAGGGCUGCGGCCAGCAGCACCGAGGCACGAAGCAGAAGGAAGCCGGUGUGGCCCCGGGCCCCGAAGAGGACAGAGAGACGCAGAAAGCCAGGACGGUCAGGAGGCAGGAAGCCACAAAGGUCAGGGCCUCCCCCAGCCACGAGGAGCCAGAGGAGAACCAUCCAGCCCUGGACUCCCCCCCGGAGACCAAGAACCCCAGACCUGCUGAGGAGCGACCGCCAAGUGCCACCGAACUCCCCAGAGAGGCUCCAAGCUCUUCUCCAGCCUCCUGUGGGGAGGGAAGCCCCCGGUCCCCAGCCCCGGAGCCGGGCAGAGGGAUCCCCCCGCUGUCCCAUGGGAGUCUGCCAGGCGCUGCCCGGUGCACAGAGCCACCCACCUCCCAGGACAGAGAGGACCCCUACCCAUCAGGAGAGCUGCUGGCGCCCGUCGCUCACGCCGCCCACACCUCCGCCCUUGAAUCUGGCGCCCUGUUUUUGAAGACCCCUGAUCUUGGCUGUGGCCCUGCUCUUCUUAAUGGAGACCCAGUGGGGGUUCCACUUGCCAGAAAGGGGGCCCAGCCCUACAGCAGUCCCCCCAGCAAAUUGUUCCUCGGACCCGAAGACCUGCCUGGCUGUCUCCAAAAAGGCCUCUACUCCAAGCCCUUAGCACCAGACACUCCAGCUGCCAGUGGCGCAUGCCGGUCCCAGGACGGUUUACACGCCAGUGCCCUUGAGCCAAAACCACCGAGGAGUCCACCCUACGCGAUCCACAGGGGCCCCGACAAAGCCGGACCCCCGCUGACCCUGGAGUCCACACCGCUCUUCCCGGGGCUACCUGCAGACCGGCUUGACCCGCCCACCUACCGCAGCCGGCAGGGAAGUGGAGACACCCACCCCCCGCCGCUGUGCGCUGAUCCUCCCCCAAGGAAACCCCAGUUAGAGCCGCCAUACUCCCUGCUUCUGCCCGACAAGGGCUGGUCCCUGCUGGAGGAGGCCCCAGUGCUGGCCAGCCAUAUGAGUCACCUUCCCGACCUCUUGGGGGAGAAGGCCUUCAGUAGGAGACGCCCCGGGGAAGUGGCAGAGACCGCCAGCCCUUCCCCUCUGCCUGGCAAGGUCAGCGAGUGUGGCAUCGCUUCUAUGGGCAGCCUGUCCGAAGAUGAACUGGAAAUCAAAAGGCUGGUCGCUGAGUUAGAGACUCAGCUGCAAAGUAAAGGGGUGUCCGGGGCCCCAGAACUGCCGUGCGCAGCUGGGCAGGUGGGCACAGGGGCCCCUCUGCCCACCCGCCAGGCCGCCUCGCCCCCCAGGGACGCCUUCUCCGAGGCUGACCUCACCGGCCUUGGGGUGUUGACUCCACACCCAGAAGGGGCAGAAACAGCAGUGGCCACCACGGAAGGGGGCCUGGGGAGGCCCCAGGAGGAGCGGCCCUCACCCCACCCAGGAGAAGCAGCCCUCUCCCCCUGUGUGCAUGCCGACGGGGCAUCUGGGGCCCCCAAAAGCCUCAGUGGGGCUGACCACAGCUCCCAAGCAGUACAGAGAGCCGGAGUCUUGGAGACAGGCCCCCCCGAGGCCAAAGGAGACUGCGGGGUCCACGCAGAUGUCUCUUGCCCCAGCUCUGGAGAGCCGUUCAAGCCUCCACGGGACGUGAGACACUUAGCAAGGUGCAGCCCAAGCCGUGAGCCUUUACUCCCCCAAAAUAAUGGGGCUGCCAGGAUGAACCCAAGCCACGCCCUGCCGCCCCUUCCCUGCACACAGGCAGGAGGGCCCGGCCGAGAACCCCCCGAGCUGGAGGCAUCUGGCCGCCCACUAGCCCACCUGGCGCCCAGCUCGGCCUCUCAGGGGGCCGCCCCGUCCUGUGACGCCAGUCAUAGCAACGCGCCCGGAGAAUGCUCUGUGAGCCAAGCAGGCCCGCCCCACUCUGCUGCGGGGGGCCCUGGCCUCAAGGGUGAUGAGGAGUUUGUUCCCGUGGGGGCCUCCCCGAGUCCCGCCUGCGCGUCCAACACCGGUCCUGGCGGGAGGCCCCGGGACCCAGCCACAAGCCCCCUCCGUCAGCUGCAGCUCCUGGUGGCCAGAGCAGCUGGGAGUGAAGAGGACGCCCUGGGUUCACAGGGGUGCCCGUCCGCUGGGACCCCAAGCCCUGAGUCUCUGGAAGGGGUCAGUGCGGAAGGUGGGGACAUGGCCCGCAGCGCCCCCCAGGACGUCCCCGCAGCGGCCGGAUGUCAGCCGCAACCUGAGGCUGAUGGACACCUGGACCCCCUCGGCAAGGCUGGGGAGCCCGAGGACCGAGGCAAAGCGGGCAGACAGCGGCCGGAUAACUGGGGGGGUCUGCUGGGGCUGGCUAGCCUCUUCACGGUCAGUGCCAGUCCUGAGACUGCCCUGGCCGGGCUGGCCAGGGAGGCAGACCAGCUAGGGGGACAGCUCCAGGGAAACAGCCAGUUCGUAGGCCUUCGGAAAGAGGCCUGGGCCGCCCAAAGCCCUACCUCUCGUGAUGCAGAAACUUUGGUUCCAGCCUUGGCAGUGGCCCAUGUCCGAAAUGGGCCUGAAGCCCGGACCUCCGAGAAGGCGGCCAGCCCGGGCCUAGAGAAGCAGCUGCUGCUCACUGGGGACAAGCCCGUUUGCCCCGUCAGGGAGCCGACCACCUGUGUCCCCCUGCCCGCCUCUGCAGCCACCCCCAUCCCCUGCGGCCUGGAGCAUCUGCCCCUGGAAGGCCCUCCCGGGGGACCUUCAGGCGAGCUGGGGGGGCUGCUCCCAGCACCUCCAGCCCGCGGGGAUCCUGACAGCCCGCAGCCCCUCCCACGCCCUUCUCCUGCCGGGCCCCCUUCACGAAGGGCUGACUGCAGCCCGGCCGCCACAGAUGCUGGGGCUGGGCCUGGGCCACCUGCGGCAACCCCCCCAUCUUCGGGGACAAGCCCCUGUGGCUUCAAGGAAAGCCCGGCCCACCGCCCCCUCCUGGGGGACCACAGCGCCCUGCAGAACCCUCCCUCGGGCCGGCCUGGCUGUGUCAGUGUCUCCACUCCAGCCUGGGGGCAGGACCACCGUGAAGGCAGCGUGUCAGGACCUCUAGAAGGUUCCAGAAAGGAGAAGCCAAAGAGCUCUCCUGCCUGUGUCACCAGUUCUCCCCCUGUGAGGCCCAACUCCCCAAGAGUCACCACGAGCAUCCCUGCUGGGACUGACGUUCCCACCGCAGAUGGCACAGGGGCAGAAAGAGGCCCUGGGGUCGACCAUCCAGACCUGCACGGCUGGGGAGCCCCACCCCACCGCAGCCCCAGCGGGAGGCCCCCUGGCCCUGCCUCCCCAGCCCCUCCAGGCAACAGGCAAGGCCAGGGUGUCACUGCUGUGCCCACCAGCCCUUCCACAUGGGGGGUCACGGGGCCAGAGUCCUGUGCCUGCCAGGAAGGCAAGGCAGGGGCUGGCCGCUCUGGCGCCACGACGGCCCCUGGAGCUGACACCAGCAACCUCGCCGUCCCCUGCCAGUCCCCGGAGAUCCCCUGGGGCAGAACCACGUCUCCCGGCAGCACAGCCCAGGACUCCAGACCUAGUUCUCCCCAGAGCCUCAGAACUGUUCACUGCACACCCCAGAGUCCACAGGGCACCAGACAGAAGGCUGUGUCCACAGAAAAUGCCCCCCAGGAGGACAGAGCCUCCAGCGGGCGGCCAGUGACCUGUGAAGUGUGCGCAGCCUCCUUCCGCUCCAGGCCGGGCCUGAGCCGCCACAGAGCCCGGAAGCAUGGGCUGCACAGGGGCCCCCCCGCCCCACCCGGCCCCCAGCCCCCAGCAUGCCAGCCCCCCAGAAAGAGAAGCCGCCGGGCACCUGGGAAGGAGAAGUCCAGCCAGGUGCUGAAUGGCCCUGGCCGUGCCACUGGGCUGCAUCCUGACCAGGGUACAGAGGCUCCUGAGGAUGCGCCAGGCCCGCAGACAGCCAGGGGACUCAGUGCGGGGGGCACCCUGGGCUGUUCCCCCAGCCGGGAACCUCAUCCCCCAGGUCCGGGCAAGCCGCGAGAGGACAUGAGGCCGGCAGAGCCCAGGAAGCAGGCCCCGCUGGUGAGGGACAAGCGCUGUCCCAAACAGGGAGACAAAGGAAGCAGCCAGCGGCGGGGCAGGGCGCCCGUGGAUGUCCCCAUCAAGGUGGAGGGGAAGUCGCAGGAAAAGGGGAGAAAGCCAAGAGCAAGGAGGUUCCGGGAGGCGAGGGGUCCUCCGGUCAGUCCCUGUGUGAUUUCUGGCAGAAGCCGCCGGGGUCUGUCCACAGCAACUGCCAGUCCCCCGGGGCCUCCGGGAGGCCACCUCUCAGUGCAGGCCGAGCCGGAUGCCAACACCUGCUGGCCCGGGGUGAUGGAGAACACGGUGGACACAGAUCUGGAGGAGACACCCGCACAGAGAUCACUCCAGGAUUGGAUGACCCGUGGGGAGGGGGUGAGGUGGGCGCCGCCUGGGGACGGGCCCAGGGGACAGAAGGCAGCCCUGGCCAGGGGCUGCUGGGGGCCCAGGGAGGCCAGAACAUCGGACAUCCACAAAGAGCCAGCGUGGGCAGCCGGGGCCGAACCUGCAGGGUACUGCAGAGCAGUGGACAGUGGGUCAGGACAAGGAGUCAGGGAGGGGCCUGGGCCCUCCUCGAGCCCCCGGGGCCCUCAGGAGACACAUGCAUCUGCCGGAGGCGCCAGCAGCAGCUGCUCCCAGAGCCCCCUGCACAACCCAGAAGUGCAGGUCGGGGUCCGGGCACGUGAGGGCGCUGCUCCAGGAGCCCCCAGCCCAGGUCUCCGGGACCCUCUGAGCAUGUUUGAUGAUGAAGCCUCCUUUUCGCAGCUCUUCCCUCUGGGCGACCGCUUGAUGGAGAAGAAGAACCCCCGAGUCUAUGGGAAGCGCUAUAAAAAGCCGAAGUCCCCGCCCCCGCUGGAGCCCCUCAGCGAGGUGGGGGGCCUCGUGGAGCUGGGCUCGGCUGGCCUGUCCACGGACCUCAGCGACUCGGGCUCUCUCUGCCUCUCCCACGAGGACCCGUGGGGUGAGGAGGCCGCCAGUCUGCCGGAGUCCUUCCUGCUGGAGGGCUUCCUGAGCAGCAAGGUGCCCGGCAUUGACCCCUGGGCCCCCAGCCCCAGCCUGUGGGCCCUGGAGGCCAACCCGGGGGUGGACUGUGCGGAGGACGUGCCCCCCCGCCACACGGAGGACUGGGGGUCAGAGAACAUUCCCGAGCUGCACAUGGUUCCCGCGUCUUGGCGAGACCUGGACCUGCAGGUCCCAGCUGAAGGGGUGGCCUCUUCUCUAGGAGACCUGAGCCCAGAGCCCCCCGACCUGGAGCAAGAACGCUACGACAGCGGGCCCCCCGGGGCCGCCGUGGACCUGGAGAUGCUCCGCACCAAGCUGGACGAGCAGGACCUGUGCUUCCUGACGUCCCAGGACGACCCCGGGGGUGUCCUCAGCACGGGCUCCUUAGACUUCGCGGCCACGGCGAGCCCCCAGGAGCCGCAGAGCCCGGGGGCCGCCGGGGCCGGGGGAGCGCCGGGCCGGAACCGGCAAGCCAAGGCCGGGAGGGCGUCCUACAAGUGCAAGGUGUGCUUCCAGCGCUUCCGCGGCCUGGGCGAGCUGGACCUGCACAAGCUGGCCCACAGCCCCGCGCCGCCGCCCACCUGCUACCUGUGCGUGGCGCGCAGGUUCGGCUCCCGCGAGCGGCUGCGGGCGCACCUGCAGGAGAAGCACGCGCACAGCGGGCCGGGCCGCUGGGCCUGCGGCAUGUGCGGGCGCGCGGCCGCCGACGUCUGGAUGUACAACGAGCACCUGCGGGAGCACGCGCUGCGGUUCGCCCGCAAGGGGCCGGCGCUGGGGCCCCUCGGGGAUUGGGGCGCCGACCGGCGGGGCGCACGCGUCCUGGGUGGCGGCGCGGGGCAGACGUCCGGACCCCGCGGGGGCGGGCGCUUCCCGGCCGACGGGCGCCCCGGGGAGGCGUCGGGGCCGCAGCCGGGGGCCGGGAGAGGGUCGCCGAGGGAGAGCGCGAGACCCGCGGCCGCCCGCCCCGGCCCGGAGCGCACCCCGACGCCGGACGGGGCCUCGGCGGGCAGCAGCGGCCCCGCGGCCUGCGGGAAGCCCCCUCCUCCCCGCGGCUCUGCCCAGACGCGCGCCGGCCGCUCCCCGCCGCCCCGGGCCGGCCGCGCGCCCCCGGCCUGCGAGGACCCCUCGCGCGACUGCCACCAUUGCGGCAAGCGCUUCCCGAAGCCCUUCAAGCUGCAGCGCCACCUGGCGGUGCACAGCCCGCAGCGCGUCUACCUGUGCCCGCGCUGCCCGCGCGUGUAUCCCGAGCACGAGCAGCUGCGCGCGCACCUGGGCGGGGCGCACGGCGCGCGGGGGCCGCUGGAGCUGCCGCACACGGCGCUCUACGCCUGCGAGCUGUGUGCGCACGUCACGCGCGUCAGCCGGCGGUCGCUCGUGUGCAGCGCCUGCAACUACACCUUCGCCAGGAAGGAGCAGUUCGAGCGGCACAUGCGCAAGCACCGGGGCGGGGCGCAGCCGCCCUUCGCCUUCCGCCGCGUGCGCAGGCCCGGCGCCCCCGGCCCCAAGGCGCCGGCCCGCGAGGGCGCGCUGCCCAGCAAGCGGCGCCGGGUGGCCGCGCCCAACAGCCCCGCGGGGCCCGGCGCCCGGGGGCCUAUGUCCUGGGGCUGCAGCCCGCUCCGGAGCGAGGGGUCGCUCCCAGCCCUGCUCCAGCCCUGCCCAGAAGCCGCGCCUGGCACUACCAAGGGGCAGCCCGGGAUCCCGGAGAGGCCUGUAGACCCCGUGGGCCACCCGGGCACAGGGGGCGACGUGCCCUCUGACCUCCAGGAGCCGCUGCCCCCGGCUCUGUCUCCUUUCCCGGCGGCCUCCGCUGAUGGCCAAGGUGGCCGCAAGCCAGGCGGAGCCCCGGGGAGGUCCGCAGGUGAGGCUUCUCCAGGCAGCCCUGGGCCUUCUCUCCAGCAGGCUCUCCCGCUGGGGGGGUCCGUGCCCCGGCCCGGGGCCAGAGGCCAAGAUGGAGAGGGAAAAAGGGCUACUGGCCCAUUCUCAGGGAAACGCAGGACCCCGAGUACCCCUGACCUUUGCCUGGAAGCCCCGUCCCUGCCCCAGAAGGAGAAGCAGGUGUCCACAGGCCACACGGUGCCGGAGGGAGGUACAGGGGGACCCUCCCACAAGGGCAGUGCGGUCAAGCCUUGGGGUUGCCGGAGUUCGUCAAAGGACAGGUCGGCUGUGCCCACCCCCAGCAAAGCCCCCAGGUUCCCGGUACAACUGAAGAAGGUCGUGGCCAGUCCGACACCCACAGAGCUGACCCAUGGCACUGAGCCUACCACCCUCAAAGCCAAGCCGAGCCCCAGCACCCAGGGCAGUGGAGGCCCACGGCACGGCAGCAAGACGGCAGGUGGCAGCCAGCCCCAGCCAGCCAGCGGGCAGCUCCAGAGUGAGACGGCCACCACCCCAGCCAAGCCCAACUGCCCAAGCCAGAGCCCCGCCCCAGACAAGCACCCUCCUCGAGCCAAAAGUUCUCCCAAGGGGCUAAGGGAAGCCGGUGACCAGGGUUCCCGAGGGAACCUGGGCACCAAGGAGGAUGGGGAGGUCAUCGAGAAGAAGAGGAAGGGCCGGGCCCCAGGGCCAAGCAGGAGUGAGAGUGUGGGGAGCUUGGGGAGAGCCCACUUGGUCCCUGACAAGCCCCCCCGGGCCCCCCGAAAACAGGCGACGCCCAGCCGUGUGCUCCCCACCAAGGCCAGGCCCAGUAACCAGAGCAGCCCGAUGCCACCCCAGCCAUCAGAGCAACGGCAGGCGGGCCCCGGACACACCCAUGGGGACUGCAGACGCAGCAAGGAGGGACAGGGCAAGGCCUGCCCCCAGGGGAGACCCCUGCACAGACCCCCGAAGAGGGACAGAGCUGUCCACGGUGCUGAACCGGCCGACCGCCGUGCCUGCCGGACCGCCGCAUCCCAGAACGACCUCCUCAGCCAGCUCUUCGGGCAGAGACUGACCAGCUUCAAGAUCCCGUUAAAGAAGGACCCUCCCGAGUAGUUCAUGGCCGUGAGUGAGUACCUGGGAGCAGGGCUCGGAACAGCCCAGCACUGGGGGCUCCUAUCUGUGCUGAUGGGCCUCAGUCCUCUGAGGGCGUCCGACGGGGGCCAUGUGGCGGUCCGCCUGACUUUGCACAAGCACUCGGCGUCCAGUGUUAGGGCCGAGACUGUGAUACUCUGAGCGGGGCCUGGGUGGACAGCAGUGCCUUUCUAGAUGGAAGGUGAGGGUGAGCCCCUUGGAGACCAUGUAGCUCUUUUCUCAGUACCAAGAACUCAAAGAGAGAGCCGACCCUGCCCCCCACCCUGUGCGCCCUGUUGCCCAGGCGCAGAACUCCACAGACGACUCACCCGACGGUUUGCACGCCCCCCCCCAUGUCAUCUGGCAGGGAAGUGAGCCAAGGCCGCCUGCACUCAGGUCACGGCAGGCUCCCCUUAGUCUUGCUGCUGUUGCUGGAAGGGCUUAGAAGCCACAUGCGGGGGCAGGGCUGUCCCCUGGAAGAGCUGUUCGUGAGGCCCCAGGUUCCCAGGGUGCGCCAGGCUUCUCUGACCGCUGAGUGGCGAUGGCCGAUGUCCGUGCUGCUCACGGAAACGCCGGUCUCUAGCGCACCUUGACCCCUGGGGAUCGAGUUCCCGUUAGGAACUCGGAGAAAAGCUGCUCACCAACCAGCUCCCGCCGCCCGCUCUCCCUCCCCAGCCCCCGGCCUUUGCUGAUGCCUUCCUAGAGACUUCCUCCCACAAGGAGCUCUCCGCUGCAAGUAUCAGCAAUUUUACUCUGAAUUUCUGGUGCUAUUUCGUGUCGUAAUGUGAAUUCAGUCUUCCUUGGUGCGUUUCAUCUGGAGCAUUGGGCGGGGAGCCCAGCUGGGGAGGCGCACGAAGGCCCACGGACACCGGCGGCCCCGAUGAGUCCUUCACUGGCUCCCCUGGCCGCUGGCUGGCCCCAGCCCCAGGGUGGCGGUCCGUGGUCAGAGCAGCCAAGUGGGGCACUGCGGGCCGGGGUAUGGCGCUGUGGCCUGAUCCUGGAGGCGUCUCGUGCACUGACAUGAUCCAGGGGUCAUCGUGCAUGUCCUGUCUUCCAACGGCGCAGGAGGGUGGGCGAGGUCGCCUUCUGUCCUUAGGUAUGUCUGAGGUUUGUGGUUUGCGUCCUUCUAUUGGUUUAUUGUUUUGUUUUGUUUGGUUUGGUUUUCACUUUUUUACCUUGGGUGCAAUGUGUGUGUCAAAAGUUUUUAUUUUGAUAUUUUGAAAGAGACCAAAUGGGCCCAAAUUCCCUUUCUCAAAGGUGCUGCGUGCGCUCAGACCGCCUUUAGUGCUGAUGAAUGAGACACGGGACUCUGAGGUGGUUCU